AUGGCGGACGCACGCAGUAUGCUCCGCGCCUCGCGUGAAGCAAGGAGGAUCAAACACCCGCACGCAAGCUACGCGAAAGACGGGAAACUGCUCUGCAACCUGUGCGAGAGCGUUAUCAAGACCGAGUCGGCAUGGCAAGCUCACCUGCACUCCACGCAGCAUACUCUUAGAUUGAGCAGAGCUCAGGACGCUGCAGCUACGAGGUCUGUCAGCGAGGAGUCCGCCAAUGGAGUGAGCAAGAAGCGCAAGGCAUCAACCAUGGACAGUCCAUCACCAGAAGACAGGAAAAAGUCCAAGCCUGUCAGCUUCACACCCGGUGUAGAGGAAAUAGACGACGAGGGAGCUGGGCCAAUUCAGGAUGCCCCGCAGAGCACCACGAACGGUACACAAGAGGCAGUUGCUUCCCAUAAUGAAGAGCAGGGUGCCGAUCCCGCUGAGUUAGAGGCGUUCGAACGAGAGUUGGCUGAGAUGGAGAGAAGCAUGCGUCAUGGCACGACUGCGGCUCAGGGGGCUGUCGUCUCAGCGGCGCCCAUGACGGCUGAGGAAUUAGCUGCGCAGGCAAGGGAGGAGCAAAGCACGCAGCGUGGACGCAGAGAUGCUGAGUUGGAGGCAGAGAAAGAAGAUGCUGCCAGGUUGCUCGAAGACGAGUUUGAGGAGAUGGAAGGUCUGGAGGAGCGUGCGAGGAAGUUAAGGGAGAAGAGGGAGGCCCUCAGAACAGCUGCAGCAACUGACCAUGAGACUCCAAAGGCUGCUGGUAUGGCUGUGAGAAGCAGAGACACUCCUGGCAGCACGCCGCGGCUCACCGGAAGCAACGAGGAUGACAGCGAUCAGUAUGACGAGGAUGACGAGGAAGAUGAGGAUGGCUGGAACUUUGGUAGUUGA